AUGAGUAACACAGUUGCACCUAAUGAACCGGCAGUAAUUAACCGUGCUCGAACACCAUUAAGAGGAUUAUACGAACAUUUUCGAAAGCGAAAACUAAUUUGGACAAUAUUCCUUAUUAUUUGUAUUAUUGUAGUUAUAGUUGCUGUAACAACUCCUGUUUUAUUGAACAAAACUAAAAGAGAAAAACCAUCAACAAUGGAGAUAACAACAACAACAACGAUAUCAACAACAACAACAACAACAACGACAUCAUCAACAACAACAACGACAUCAUCAACAACAACAACGACAUCAUCAACAACAACAACGACACCAACAUCAACUACAACAACAACACCAAGUAUAAACGGAUGGUUUUCUACUGGCAAUAUGACUAUUGCACGAGCUUCUCACACAGCAUCUGUAUUAUCCAAUGGAAAAGUAUUAGUGACUGGUGGAUUUAAUGGAAAUGAUACUUUAAAUAGGACUGAGCUGUAUGAUCCAUCAACAAGUAUUUGGACAACUACUGGUAACAUGACUAGUGAACGAUGUUAUCACACAGCAUCUGUAUUAUCAACUGGGAAAGUAUUAGUUGCUGGUGGAUCCAAUGAUGAUAUUGGUUAUUUAGAUAGUGCCGAAUUGUAUGAUCCAUCAACAGGUAUUUGGACAACUACUGGUAACAUGAAUAAUGCACGAGGUGGUCACACAACAUCUGUAUUAUUAAAUGGAAAAGUAUUAGUUACUGGUGGAUUUAAUGGAAAUGAUACUUUAAAUAGUACUGAGCUGUAUGAUCCAUCAACAGGUAUUUGGACAACUACUAGUAACAUGACUAAUGAGCGAGGUAGUCACACAGCAUCUGUAUUAUCAAAUGGAAAAGUAUUAGUUGCUGGUGGAUCCAAUGAUGAUAUUGGUUAUUUAGAUAGUGCCGAAUUGUAUGAUCCAUCAACAGAUAUUUGGGCAACUACUGGUAACAUGAAUAAUGCACGAGGUAAUCACACAGCAUCCAUAUUAUUAAAUGGGAAAGUAUUAGUGACUGGUGGAUUUAAUGGAAAUGAUACUUUAAAUAGAGCUGAGCUGUAUGAUCCAUCAACAAGUACUUGGACAACUACUGGUAACAUGACUAAUGAACGAGGUGGUCACACAGCAUCUGUAUUAUCAACUGGGAAAGUAUUAGUUGCUGGUGGAUCCAAUGAUGAUAUCGGUUAUUUAAACAGUGCCGAAUUGUAUGAUUCAUCAAAAAGUAUUUGGGCAACUACCGAUAACAUGAAUAAUGCACGAGGUGGUCACACAGCAUCUGUGUUAUCAAAUGGAAAAGUAUUAGUUACUGGUGGAGUUGAUAAUACUACUUUUUUAAAUAGUGCAGAGUUAUAUUAA